CUCAUUAUAACUGGGCUGUUGGUAAUCUAAAAUUUUACCAAAACUACUAUCAAACAUAAUUACCCUCUUAAAAAAAGUUCAUGAACAGAAACACAAUCAAGAAUGUUCCCCCAAAACAUAUUGUUACCACUGCUUCAUACUCAGAAUAUUUCUAUAUAAUUUCUGUAUACAUAGCAAAAACAAUUUUAUUCAGCAAUAUUGAAACAAGAGCAGCAUUUUAUUUGGCCUAUAUAUUAGCUGGAUCUAUUAUAUGUGAUUUCUUUACACCCCCGACUACAUUUUUAGCAUCAAAAUAUAAUCAUUUAAAUCAGUAUGGGGUAAAGAUUGGAUGGGGAUGGACUAUUACUUUAUUAAUACCAUUUAUUUUUUCAGUAUCUUAUGUAAUUUCAAAUCAAAACAUACUCAUUGCUCUGAAAAAUUGUUCAAGGCUAUUAUUUGCUACAGGAAUAUGGUAUUUUUGGACCACCCUAUUUCUUAUCAUAGAAAGAACCGUUGGGGUAUGCAUUUUGAAAGAGGAGAAGAUUGCCUAUAGUCUUUGCCAUUCAAGGGGCGGAAAAUGGAUUGGUUUGGAUUUAUCUGGCCAUAUAUUCCUACUGACUUACUGUCAACUGAUCAUAGGAGAGGAAUGCAAAAUUUACAAAUACUGGGAGAAUUUCAAAAAUAAUUGUAACGCAAAAGGCAAUAGAACAUUGAACACUAAUAAGUCGCAGACAAAUAGUUCCAGCUUGCCACAAAAUAUAACGCAGCUUAGAAGAUGCAACUCCUGGGAUCGUAUUAUCAAAUACAACUUCUUAUUUAUAGCCUUAUUAUCUCUGUUAUGGGAAGUAAUGAUUUUGGGAACCAUCCUUUACUUCCACACUACAAUUCAAAAGUUUAGCGCAGCUCUUAUAGCCGUUUCAUCUUGGUUUUUGACCUAUAAAAUGUAUUACACGACUAAUAAGAAUUUAUCUCCUGGUAUACCGGAGGAUUUGAUGAGACAAUUUAGAUAAUUUUAUAUCUCGCAAUUAAUUAUAUGUAAAUCAAUUAUUUUAUUGCGGGUACCUUUUUAAAAACGAAUUAAUGGUCCAAGUCGUCUCAAAUAUACCAUUAUACAAUCAUUUAGAAAAUUAAUAAUUUUACUAGUAUACUAAUCUUGUCAAAUAUAAUUUUUUUUUUAUAUUUUGUGCUGUGUAUUAUUUAUUUAUCGU